AUGGCACAGGAAAUUGUUCUUGAAACAGACUGUUCCAGUUUUACUUCCUAUUCUAUUGCAGAGUGGCUCUACUAUGAGAAGCUGCCCUUGGCCACUGGAACCCCAGUAGGAAUAGCAGCUGUGAGGAGUCGGGAAGAGGGCUUCUGUGGCCAGGAUCUGAGCCUCAUGUACACAGAACAGAAUGUAGGGUUGUUUCCCGCAGUGCUGAACCUGGCUACUAAUGCUCUCAUCACAACCAAUGCUACAUGUGGAGAAAAGGGUCGGGAAAUGUACUGCAAACUCGUUGAACAUGUACCUGGACAGCCUGCAAGGAACCCUCAGUGCCGUAUUUGUGAUCAAAGGAGCAGGGUUCCACAUCAACGACAUCCGAUAACAAAUGCAAUUGAUGGCAAGAACACUUGGUGGCAAAGCCCUAGUAUCCAGAAUGGAAUUGAAUAUCAUUAUGUGACCAUUACAUUGGACCUCCAACAGAUUUUCCAGAUUGCAUAUGUUAUUGUGAAAGCAGCUAACUCACCUCGACCUGGGAAUUGGAUAUUAGAGCGUUCGCUGGAUGGUGUAGACUAUCAACCAUGGCAGUAUUAUGCUAUCACAGACAGUGAAUGCCUGACACGCUACAACAUUCAUCCCCGUCCUGGAACUCCAUCCUAUAUAAAAGAUGAUGAAGUCAUAUGUACUUCUUAUUAUUCCAAAAUCCACCCUCUGGAAAAUGGAGAGAUUCACACUUCUCUGGUUAAUGGACGGCCUAGUGCUGAUGAUCCUUCACGUGUAUUACUAGAAUUCACCUCUGCUCGCUUUAUUCGCCUGAGAUUUCAGAGGAUACGGACACUAAAUGCUGAUUUAAUGAUGUUCGCACACAAAGAUCCAAAUGAAAUUGAUCCCAUCGUUACCAGGAGGUAUUACUAUUCUAUAAAGGAUAUCUCUGUUGGAGGGAUGUGUAUAUGUUCAGGCCAUGCGAAGGCUUGUCCACUGGAUCCAGCGACCAAUAAAUCCGUCUGUCAGUGUGAGCACAACACAUGCGGAGAGACAUGUGAUCGGUGUUGUCCUGGUUUCAAUCAAAAGCCUUGGCAUGCUGGCACUUUCUUGGUUAAGCAUGAAUGUGAAC